CUGCGUUCGAUGAAGAUCAGCUAUCUUCUCACGACCUUGGCGCCGAUCGUCUUGCAAGGGUUGAACCUUGUGGAAGCGGCCCCUACAAGACCUGCUGCCACGACACCACCCCCUCCACCAACACCGUCACGAACACCUCAACCAACUACAACACGAACACCACCUACUCCAGCGCCGACGCCUGCUCCAACCCCAGCACCUACUCCAGCUCCAACACCAGCACCUACCCCUGCGCCAACUCCCGCCCCCACACCUUCACCUACUCCGGCUCCUACACCAGAACCUACUCCUGCACCAACACCUGCUCCAACUCCAGCACCUACUCCGGCUCCUACACCAGAACCCACUCCUGCACCAACCCCUGCUCCAACUCCCGCCCCCACACCCGCACCGACCCCUGCGCCGACUCCAGUACCAACGCCAGCACCAACACCGGUACCAACUCCUGCACCCACUCCUGCACCUACACCAGCACCAACUCCCGCUCCCACCCCUGCACCUACCCCUGCGCCGACUCCCGCUCCAACUCCCGCCCCCACUCCUGCGCCGACUCCGGUACCAACGCCAGCACCAACACCGGCACCUACCCCGGCACCUACCCCGGCACCAACUCCUGCUCCUACACCCGCUCCAACUCCCGCCCCCACUCCAGCACCUACUCCGGCUCCUACGCCAGUACCCACGCCCGCUCCUACUCCAGCCCCAACUCCAUCCCCAACUCCGGCUCCUACACCAGUUCCCACUCCCGCUCCAACUCCAGCACCUACCCCUGCGCCGACUCCGGCACCUACUCCUGCACCUACUCCGGCUCCUACACCCGCUCCAACUCCGGUACCUACUCCGGCACCAACUCCCGCCCCCACUCCAGUCCCGACUCCUGCCCCAACUCCAGCGCCGACUCCGGAACCCACCACGACGACAAGCAGUCCCGAGCCAGGCUACGGCUCACCCACCACAACCACUGCCGAACCUGGCUACGGGACAGAAGCUCCCGGCUAUGGUGACGACGGGUAUGGAACCGAUCACGGGUACGACGAAGACUACCUUCCGCCGUCACCACCAUAUCAGUCGCCGACAAGGACCACCCCCGCUCCAGCACACGCCGAGUUUAUCAAGUUUUGGAACACGCAGCAAUUCUGCGACGCCCAGCUGACCUUCACCGAGUGUCUCCUGGACGUGAACGUCAUCCAGGACUUUGCCACGACUGCCCGAGCCGCGCACUGCAUCCAGGCGUUUACGACAACGUUGUGCCAAGACUUGUCCGCCGAAGGGUGCAACAACGGCAAGGUCAGCGUCGCCGCCCAGUCGUGCACGGACGAUGCCGCGCUGGCCGCCCUGUACACGAUCGCCGACAUCCAGCGUGUGACGAUUGGCGACACCCUCACCCCCGUGAACUUGUUCCUGGCUGACAACCCCGACUCGUUCACACUUGUCAAGAGCGCGAUCGCGUCGCAGGCGCUGGCGACGUACGGCAGCUGCGUGACGGGGUCUCUCGUGUACUUUGCAGACCAGAGUAACGCGCAGCAAGUGUUUGGCAAUGCCGCUGGCACGUGCCUGAACUCGAUCUUGAAGACGUGCACGAACGGCGACUACGACAACCCGGAAGAAAACAACUACCAGCAAUCGUUUGCGCUCAGCGACCUCUUGUCCAAGUCGACGGUGUGGACAGACAAGGAGCUGCACGAUGGCGUCCAGAGGGAGUUGCUGGCCGAUGGGUCUCGUCCCGAGGCCCCAAAGUCCGAGGUCGAGCUGCUGGCGGACCUGCUCCACGACGCCCCUGGGUCGUGGGCGACCAAGUCGACCAAGAUCUCGCUGUCCCCGAGCCAGAACGCCCCCAACACGGCGUCCUUGAUCGUGUACCCAAACUACUACUCGGCAAUCAACCACCACUUGAACCCCGUCGCGACCGUCGGGGGUCACUCGAUCCACCUCCCCACCCACGAGUCGGCUGGGAUCAAACCCGAAUACCUCGUCAACUUUCCCGGCAGCCCCAUCCACGACCUCGCGUUCCACUUCCCUGUCCAAGUCUGGGGCGACGAUGGGUGGAAGCCCCAAGCGUACGGCCGCGGGGGACCCGGGGCUUUUCCAGAAGGCACGCCGUACGACCCGAUCACGCCGGCGGGAGGCAUCCGGGACACAUGCGAGCACUUUUACACGGUCAGUUUGAUCGCGUACUUUGCCGGCGUCGACACGGGCGAUUUCUGCUUCUCCAUUGACAAGUACUCGGUCGAGUUUGUCGAGUCGGGGGAAGUCCAGGAUGUCCGUUUCGAGCAGCUCGCAGUGUCCCCGGACCACGAAGGAUGCAACAAUCCGUCCCGUUCGGCGGCUCUCGACUACUUGACGUGGGCCGCGGACGAAGCCAAGCGCGUGCUGGAUGACGACAGCGCGUCCGACGAAGACAAGGCGAAGGCAGGCAGCGAUCUCACGGGGAUUCAAGCGUCGUGGCUCGCAGCCAACACCCCCGAGCGAGCGUGCACCCAGGGCUACAAAGUGAGCUGGGACGAUCCGUCGUACUGCCCCCGCCACUUGGCGCGAUUCCGCCAGCACACACGAUGCUGCCGAUCGUUUGCCAACGUCCAGGCGGCCAAGAAGGACAAGACAUACCCACACGUCCCCCGCGGCGAGUACGUCCCCGACGUGCCUGCUACGUGUUCCACACUCGACGAUAUCGAGUACACGACAAUUGUGUACUCGGAGAGCCACAAGGGGGAGUUCACACUGCAAGAGUCGGCGCUGCAGCCGGACUUCGAAGGCCUGGUGGACAAGACGAUUCUCGCGUUUACGAUCUUCAAGGGUGUCGAAGAUCACUUGUCGGACGACCAGAAGGCCGCGUUCUGGGCCGCGCUCGACUUCUUCCACGUCGACCGCGACACCUACAAGACCCUCGCCCACCUACACAUCCACCCGACCCUCCCCAAUGCCGCUGAGAUUCCCCACCGCGACAACGGCGGCCGCGACUCGCCGUACUUGGACCAGAACGACUGGUGCACGUCAGCUUUCGACACGGUCAACAUCAACUGGGGCCGCAUCCUUCCGCUCGAGCCGAGCCCCAACACGUGCUACAACCCGUCGUGCUUGCUGUCCCGGUACAUCGACUGCGCCGAGCGACCUGCCGUGGACGAUGCCGCCCAGUACAAGGCCCACUACCGAUACACGCCUGCCUACAACGACGCAACGUCGUACUACCGCAGCCUGAUCACGGUCGCCGACACUCCGUCCAACUGGGCCCUGUUGAGCUCGAUGGGGUUCGUCGCCGGUGUCGUGGUUGUCGCGAUUGCACAAAUGGCCAUGUCCCGCGGCAGAUACAGCGCCGACUCGUCAAAGGCGUACACACAAGUCAUGUAGCAACGUUUCGAUCGAGCGAAGCGUCGAUUCUAGAUGUUGUCUAACGCGAUCCACUUCUGUACCA